UUACUGUUUGUUCCAGGGGGGGACAACAUAUAGUUGAAAAGAGCCUGGGGGAAGGGAACAGAAACAUCGACAAUAGCAUGACGUCAUUUCAUAUGAGCUGGGGGGGGGGGGUGAAUUUUAAUUUUUCGAAAACGGGGGGUAAGUACCCUAUUCUAAAUUCAUACUUGGCAAGUCAUAUAAAUUGUUUUUAUAACAAAAUGGUAAACAAUACUUGGAAAUGACAAUGUCUUGACAGUGUAUGCUUUCAACCAUAUGUUUCAACGAAGAACAAAAGCUCUAUUAUUCAAUAUUAUUCGUGAAUAUCAGGAAUAUGUAUUCUCGAAACAUCUAUAAUAAAGCAUUAAAUUUUUCGUGAGUUGUUUAAACCAUAUUUAAACUUUGCGUGAGUUUCGAGUCACGUCUCGUGAUUUGUGAAGAGUGUUCUCCACUUCAUGGCGGCUGGCUAUGACGAAAAUGUGCUUGACAAUCCUUUCUUCAAGGCAUUAAAAGGAAAAUAUAACAAAAUAUACGAAGAUUCUUCUGCAAAGCGUUUGACUGUAUGUGACGUGAUGUAUUUAUAUAGUAAUAAUAUAGUCGUGUAAAUUAAAAGUGCGUACUAAAUAUAUUAUAUUUAGUUAUAUUUACAUAUUAAGAUUCACAAGGGCUAGUAUAGUAUCCAAUUAUUUUGACCAAAUCAUUUGAGAUGGCCCGAAACGACAUUGACCAGUCUGUGACAGGUAGGAGAGAGGGGUCAAAGCAAUAUAACCUUUUAACUACAACAUUUAUAUUUGAACUCAGCAUGAAGUCACAAUUAAAUUAUGCACCCACCAUUUCCAAAAUGCCAGACCUUACCUUUUGGAAAGUAUGUCACCUUGGCCACAGAUCCUCGUUUUCGUGUACGUUAUUGUGUUAGCUUCUAUAGCCAAGGAGACGUACUUUUCCGGAAGUGUGUAUUGUACUUAUCGCAUGUACUUAUCGCAGGAUCAUGUUUUGAGCAUUAAUGGCUACCAGGGCUCUUGUUAACAUGCAAAGUUGCAACAUUAUUCCCUUAUGCUGUCUAGUUUGUUAAUGCAUAGAGAAUGGCAGCACUCAACCUUUGACGAGUAAAAUUAUUUGGUGUUAGACAGAGUAAAAUAAUAAACGGUGCAUUGUCACUUAAAUGGAGAUGAUUAAACCAUUGAGUGGCGGCCCAUUGAGUGGCAGCACUCUGCCCCAGAUGACCCAUUGAGACUCUUCCCCAUUGAUGACCCAUUGACACUCUUCCCUUGAUAACCCAUUGAGUGGGUUCCCUUGAUAACCCAUUAAGUGGCAGCACUCUUUCCCUGAGUAAAGUCAUCUGGCUAAUACAGAGUAAAGUAAUAAAAUAGGUUGCAUCAGGGUGCAUUGCCACUUUAAGGGCUAAUAUUUUAAGGGUUAAUACUGCAGAUUAAUACGGUUUGAGGGCAGUAGCGUAGCUAGCCUGACUAUUUGGUCCCGCUAUGCAAAUAUUUUCGUGUUCAUUGACUGUGAAAACAAUCAAUUUCUAAAGAAAUGAACAAUGAUAAUAAUUUUGAAUUUGCAUAGCGGGACUAAAUUGUCGGGCUGGCUACGCCACUGUUUGAGGGUUAAUACUGCGGAUUCAGGUAGACCGUUUAAUGCGAAUAGUUGUCGUGUUAGUUUUAACAGUUGUACAAUGACGUUUCUAGGCAGAUUUUCAGACAUUUCUAAGGCAUGGCUUCAAUGUUUAUUUUCAAAAUUUGUAAUGUUUAUUUCAAAAUUUAACCAUUGUAAUUGAAGCCAUGCCCUAGAAACAUCUGAAAAUCUGCCUAGAAACGUCAUUGUACAACUGUUAAAACUAACAUGACAACUAUUUGCAUUUAACAGUUUACCUGAAUCUGCAGUAAAUACAAGGAGAACUUCGGAAUUUCAAUUUAUAAUUUAUAAAGUUUAAUCUGGGUUAUACCAAUCAACAGACAAUUUUCAGAAAGUUUGAAAGAAUCACUAUCUGGUGAAUCACAUGCUAUCCAGCCUUUGUACAAUUGGUCACAGCUAGGUGACUAUUUAGGAUAAUUGAUAGUUUAAUUAUUGUUAAAAAAAUUAGAUAUUUAGUUAAUAAUAUAAAUAUCUUGAUAAUUUUAGAUAUGUGUUCCGAGAUAUGGCUCCUUGGGCCGACCUGUACCGACGUUGCAGGAUAUCGAAAAUCACAUUCUUAUUUCUGUACCUGGCACAGAGAAAACGUUUGAGACUCUCAAUAAAAGGGUAAUGAUAAAAUUAUCCUGAGGCACAUAAAAUAUAGUGUAACAGUCAGUAAUGUACUAUCAGUAAAAUGUAGUGUUAGGUAAGGCUUUCCAGCUUAUGUGUAUAUAUGGUUCCUUGUUUGCCAGUGAAAUGUGAUUACCUAGAUAUAUGAUAUAUUUCUAGGAAGUAAUUGUGGAUGGACAUUUGUUGAGGACUUCAUCUGGCUUUCACGAUGUUCGUCAGGUAAAGAAAGGUUAUUCUGUAUAAUAUAUAUAUAAUAUACAUAACAUGACAUACUUGUCUACAUUAUGUACACAUUGUGUACCUAUUUUUAAAGUACUUCCCACUCAAUGUACGCAUUAUGUGCCUAUUUUUAAACUAUAAUAGAUAAUUAUAUACAAUUAUAUAACCUGUUUGUGUCACAUGCAAUCAAUUUGCUUCUAUUUACAGGUUGAAAUUCUAUUUGAAGAAACAUUUUUCAAUGCCAACAAAGAAAGCUUCAGUAUUCUUUGUAUUGAACGACCACUUGAAGGAGGAAACGGUAAUGAUGUACUAUCAUAUUAAAUAAAUCAAUAUAUUGAAGCUAUAGUGUGGCACUACUAUACAUUUACAAAAACUUGUGGUUAAUGCUCGGCAACCAACUGGACUCGGUAGCUCAGUGGUCAGGGCACUGCAACAGAAUCACAGGGUUGCAGAUUCCAUCCCUGUUGGAGGGCCAAACAUGUUUUAGCUACUACCAGUUAAAUCUAAAAUUAUACUUGACAGAUUUUCCACAUUAAAAUAUUCUAUCAACUAAAAACCCAUCUACAUUCAGAUAAUCCCCCCCCCCCCCUGCUCACAGUGGGCCAAGUGUGCACCCUCCCCCGACCUGCUAAAUGGGCCUGGAUCCAGCUCUAGCCUGGAUGAUCCAUUAUCUGUUCCUGAUGACCCCUGUCUAUAUAGGCCCUUGUUUCUUGAUGGGUCAACCAAAUCAAGAACCAGGUUCUCAUAUUGGACUGCAUUUCUGUUUAGGAUUUAGUGCAAACGCUCUUGGACCUCUGGAAUCUAUUCAUGAUUGUAUUGAAUUUCUGUGGCCUCCUUACGGUAAGGGCAGGAGACAAAAACCUGUAUUGAUAGCAAACAAGAAUAACAGGUUUUCCCCAUGUUAAAAAUUACACUGUUCUCUUAAGGUGUUCCAUAUACCUCGAAACAUCAAGUGGAUCGCUAUUUGGAAUCAUUUCUCUCAUCUUGGAGUGUGGAGUUCUCCCAUCUGGGAACGCUAAUGGCAAGUACUAUUUUUCAUUUGGUUUUGCCUACGAUUUCUUUAGUGUACUUUUUAUACAGUUUACUGUUUUAUUUUUGUUUAGUUUUGUAUAUAUGUUUAAAAACUCAAUAAUUAAUGAGGAAAAGACAAAGGAAGUCACUUCUGUGUCCGUGGUUUUAUAUAUAUAAUAAAGAAAAUCGUGUUAAUUUACUUCAAAAACUCAUUAAUAAUUCAUGAAGCAAUUAUUCAAUCUUGAGUAAGAAAUUAGUCACGUGCAUACGUCUUUAUACCAGCUAAAGAACACUUUAACAAAAGACCAUUGUUAUGCAAACUAUAUAAAGAUUUUUAUAUAAAGAUUUUUCAUAUUCAGAUUUGACUUAUUAUGCAAACGUUUUUGAAGCCAUUUAAAAAACUCGCAGGUCGUGUUUUAUUAGGCUUAAGCCUAAUGAAACACUCCUGCUCGUUUUUUAAAUAGUACAUAAACUUUAGCUAUGAUUUUCCCGGCUUAGAUAACGUUGAUUUUUAAAAUUACUUCGCCAGUGAACUCACAACAUGUCUGAUAAACAGGGUUCGUAGCGGUCUUUGAAAUCCUUGAAAGUCUUUAAAUUUGAAUGCAGGUCUUUAAGGUCUUUGAAAAGUCAUUGAAUUGUGUGAAAAAGCGAAGAAAGUCUUUAAAAGUCUUUAAAUUCUUUAGUGAGUAUUUGAUUAUACGAUUUCCUAUAGCUAAUAAAAUAAAUUGAUUGAAGCAAGAUUUUCGCAAAUAUCGAAGAAAAGGCACAUUUUAGGAUGUGAUUUGACAGGACUAAUGGACCUUUCACCUUUUGACUAAAAUUUAGAUUUCAACAAGUCUAGACAAAAAUUUUAUCACAGCUUGAAAGAGCAUCACAAAAUUAGUAAUAUUCCGAAGUUUCGUUGCGAAAUGUUGUAAAAUGCGGAUAAUAUAGCCUUGCGAAGUUUGCAAUUUUCAGUCAUUUUGUAUUACAAACGGGAAAUACAUACCCUUUUUCCGAAGGAGGUAUGUAUUUCCCGCGCGUAAUACAAAAUGACUGAAAAUGGCAAACUUCGCAAGGCUAUAUUAUCCGCAUUUUACAACAUUUCGCAAUGAAACUUUGGAAUAUUACUAAUUUUGUGAUGCUCUUUCAAGCUGUGAUAAAAUUUUUGUCUAGACUUGUUGAGAUCUAAAUUUUAGUCAAAAGGUGAAAGGUCCAUUACCCGGAUAAAAAAUGUUGCUCACACUCGCAAUUUUUCGACAGCUGAUUGCUCUCAAAGGUCUUUGAAAAGUCUUUGAAAACAGGCAGAAAAAAUCUUUGAAAGUCUUUGAAUUUUUUUGGUCUUGGAGACUACGAACCCUGAUAAAGCACCCCUGCUCGUGUUUUAAAUAGUACUUAAUCUUGCAUUCUUUGUAGGGAAGUGUUAUAUCAGUCCUGAACAAGCUUUUUCCGAUGUUAAUGAAAGAAUCGCACUUGGUAAUGUGAGUUUCUUUUUUGUUUGAAGAAAGCAAGGCGCAUAUUGUUAUACUACAAUAGGUUUAAUUGUAUUUUUGCAGAAAAAGCCAGCAAAAAGUGGGAAUUUUACAGAGACAACGAAGCUGGCGUUAGAGGUAUAGAACUUUGAGAUGGCAUUACAGAGGUCAUCCUAAGGCCUCUCAUUUUCCAAAAUGGAUAGUUCUAAAUAUAAAAUGGGUAGUUCUAAAACGUUUUUUCUUUCUAAAACGAGUUUUUGAGCUUUGUAUGAAAAUUAGUUCUAAAUUAAGCCCCCAAACAGAUAUUUAAGGCAAAAACAAAAGCAAAUGUUAAUCUCAAAACGCAGGAAAGGGCCAUUCUGAACUUUUAAAAUUCAAAAUGUUCUGGGAGUGCAUGCCCCCGGACCGUCCUAGCUAUUCAGGUAUCCACCAUCCAAUGACGUCGUCUCCAGUUAGCCUGUGUUCACUACCUCACAUUUCAAUUCAACCUAGCAACCCCUAUAAUUAGGUUUCAACUGCAACGUCGAGUGCGUCAUGAAUGGUAGUACCACGCAAUUUAAAAAUGUGUUAGGAAAGAUAAGAAAAGCAAUCGGAACGUGAUUAGAGCGCAUAUAUUGAAUGGAAUGAAGGUUGUGUUCCGGGCAUGGCUUCACUAGACUUAUCAAAGUGAAUUUUAAUUUUCAGACGUACGUUCUUGAUAAACUUCAUCCCAAACUUUUCUCAGCAAUCUGUUCACUUUCUUCUCAAAAGGUAAAUAAUAAUUUUAUGUGGGUGGAGGUUUUUUAAUGAAAUUCUCUGUAUGGUAAGCCGUUUUCACUAUACUCGUGUUAACGUUUUUAGGACGCUGCUUUUAACAAAGUUGUCCGUAAUCUGUCUGAUAUUCAACUCAAAGAUCUGGGAAUUAAACCAUCGUUGAGGUAUUUCUCUGAUAAUCAUACAAUCUGGACAAUCAGGGUGUAGGAACCGGGGGGAGCAGGGGGCACGUGCGCCCCCCCCCCAAAAAAAAAAAUUGUUCAAAGUGCCCUUUUUGUACAAGAUAAUGUUGCUAUAAGUACUAUAUUAAGAUCGAAAGUGCCCUUUUUGUGAGGAAAUUUCGAUGUUUUUAAAAAAACAUUUGGUCAAAAACGUUCAUUGUACGUUGGAAUUCGAAAGUACCCCUGGAAACCGGUGCCCCCCCCCCUCCCCCAAUCUUUUGAUGCUUCCUACGUCGCUGUGGACAAUACCUACGAUUUGUAGUGCAAUUUUCUUCUUCUGGGCCCGUUGUGUGAAAGCCGAUUACCUUAACCCUACAGAUCAACUUAAAAUUCAAAGCAAACUUCACAACAUCUUGUUUAUAAAUUUGGAAAUAUUUCUUUGGAAAUCUUGUCUGGAUCAGUAGGACUUUUCUUCUCUGUAUUUUUGAAAUAAACUCACGUGCAGAAUUACAUAAACUGAAACAGCAGGUUACAUUUUAACCUCGCAAGCCCCUAAUGGAUGUGAACAUGCAAGUAGAGGAAUUGACGAUUCCCCCUGUUACGUUUUCGUAGCGUUUUGCAUUGUGGUUAUAGUGGUAUUACUGAUAUUCCAGAUGGCUUAUUUUUUGUCCUGACCCGUGCAAGAACUUUUAAAAACGCUAGGGUCAGGUGCGCGAUAGCCAACAGCAAAAUAUUCGCGAAACAUUCAAUAUUUUCAUUCGAGGCCGCUAUCUUUAUCAGCGAUACCACUAUAACCACAAUGCAAAGCGCUACGAAAACGUAAUAAGGGGAAUCUCGAAUUAUGAAUGUUCUGAGUACAUGUACCUGAACUCGUCCACUCGUUUACAUCCGUCAGGAGAAGAAAAUCACACCUGGAAGUGCAGCAGUAAUUGCAAGUGUAAACGGGCCUUUUGGCAUUUAUGAUUUUUACAGACAAAAUAUUCCAUCCGCAAGACGUACACUAUCCAGCUUAAACAAUGUAAGUUUGUUAACCAGGCUUCAUUCGAUUUUUUGUACUGUCAUUUUGGAACCUUCGCUAAGAUAGUUAAUUAACGAAGUUAAGCGAACGACGUUUUUGUAAACACGGAUGUCACCAGAAAAUUGGUAUAACUAAUUUUGGCAACAUUUUGCAUCGUGGCGCUCGUGUAAGAAAAACAAAAACUUUAAAAACCUUGAAGACCAUGUAAAGUCCGUUCUGCGCAUACGUUCUGCGCAGGCCUACAUUCCAAUGGUCGGGACCCGACUAUUGAAAUGUUAUUAAUAUUUCGCACUUUCCGAACUUUCUUGAAUUGAAUCUCUAGUCUGUAUUCAUUUACAAGCAUACAGAACCAGAAGAGUGUUAAAAAUUCACUAUAAUAUAUAUCUAAUCAUAUUUUACAUUGUAGCACUGAGUUCAAAAUGUAAACAAAGCGUUUGUUUAAGUUUUGUCAUAUGUGUUGAAGAUUACCACAAACUGAUACAAACACUGAAACACACACUGGAAAAAAAUGUGAAAUCCAUACUAUGAAAUUUGUAAUUGAUGAUUCCCCUUAUUACGUUUUCGUAGCGCUUUGCAUUGUGGUUAUAGUGGUAUCACUGAUAAAGAUAGCGGCCUCGAAUGAAAAUAUUGAAUGUUUUCGCGAAUAUUUUGCUGUUGGCUAUCACGCACCUGACCCUAGCUUUUUUUGAAAGUUCUUGCACGGGUCAGGACAAAAAAUAAGCCAUCUUGAAUGUCAGUGAUACCAGUAUAACCACAAUGCACAGCGCUACGAAAACGUAAUAAGGGGAAUCGUCUAUUGCACCACUAAAUCCAUAGUUUGUCCAUACUAUUUCGAUACUAUAUCCAUAGUAUGGGAAUAUACAAUUAUUAUGGAUAAUCAAAAUCCCUUCUAUUUCCAAUAUAAAAGGUCCAUACAAUUUCCAUUCUAUGACCUUCUAUGGAUUUUCAAUUUUUUUUCCAGUGACAGUUUUUAAUUUAAUUUUUAAACCCCCCCUCGGCAAUCUGACGUUCCGUGUUGACAUAAACGUCGCUUUCUUGAGCUCGCCAUUGUUUGACAGUUGGCACUUUCUUUAGUACACAACUCCAUUGGAGAAAUUCAACUGUCUAAAGAAAACUAUUGUUGGCGUGACGAUGUUGAAAGAAAGCAAAAUCCAAGGUCAAGGUAAAGCCUCCGUUGAGGACAUCCCCGGCAAUGACGGAAAUGUCCGACAGCGCCAGCAGCACCGCUGUCAGGAAAUUUUGAACAAAGUAUCUUCGCCGGAAAUUGUCUCGCAUCUUGCAGGACAUUUUUGUCAUCUCAUACACUGGAAUGCCUGCAUAUGAUUCAGUCAUUAUUUGCAGAAGCGUUAAUUUGCAAGUGGAGAUUAUUGAAGUCAGGGCUCGAAAUAGCGGGCUGCCAAUGGCCAAAAGCAUGCAGGCCAUGUUUUAGAAAUGGCAGGCAAAAACAAAUUUGAACUGCCAAGUCAAAAAAAAAUGGCAGAUGAAAUUCUAUAGAUAUAUUUCAUUUCCCUCUCCCAUGUGUGACAAAUGUAUAGUACUGUAUUGUGUUUUUAUUUUAUUGUAGAUGUCCUGUUAUAAUUUAGUGCCAUUUUUUCCCACUUCUAGGGAAAGUGCUAGCAGUAACGGCUGACGACCUUCUUCCAAUAUUAGAAUGUCUCGUCAUUAAAUCAGAUUUGCCAAAUUGGUAAGAUAUAAAAAAACCUUGUAUUUCUUAGCGCCACCUUUAAUUGUUCUCAUUUCAUAUUUGCUGUUCGUUGCUUUCAGGAUGGCCAAUCUGACGUUCUUGCAUAAUUUUCGAUUUUCUAACAGAACAUACGAUGAAUUCAGGUUCGAUGUAUUUUUCAUUACACAGUCAACUAUAGGCCGUGCUAUAUAUUAUGCUCUAACGACAUAUACACCGUGUUUUUCUUAAGGUUUUACAUGUCUUCGUUUGAAGCAGCUGUUGAAUACAUCAGAAAGUCUUAUCGCCACGAUAGAAGAUUGGAUGUUUCUCUAAAGCCGGUACAACAUACAUUUCUUUGGCACUUCAGCAAUCCCUGCAGGGCUCGAAAUAGCGGGCUGCCAAUGGCCAAAAGCAGGCCAUAUUUUAGAAAUGGCGGGCAAAAACAAAUUUGAACUGCUAGAGUAAAAAAAAUGGCAGAUGAAAUUCUAUAGAUAUAUUUCAUUUCAAUUGCUUACCACAACUCAUAUAUACUAUAUCAUUUAGUUAACUAAAUACGUUUGUAUUUAUAUGAAAUGUAAAUCCAAGUUUACUGUAGUAAAAUAGACAAGUUAAAAACAAUAAAAAUGCAUAUCAUGAAAAUAUUGAUUUUUACAAUAUUACUCAUAUGAGACAUCGCCAUUUUGGCAGUUCAAUGGAUAAAAAUGGCAGGCCAUAUUUUUUCAAUAUUUUUAGGCCAUAUUUUUAGACUGGCAGGUCAUAUUUUUUCUUAACUUCGAGCCCUGAGCAAGGCAAACUGUUGACACACAAACGUCAUGAGUCCACAGAAAAAAUCAAACCCACGAUCUCGGAAGUAAAAGGCGCAUGAUCUGUUUUCAAAUGUAGGCAACCAUUCCAGAAAAGCAUCGGAAUUUUUUCGUAACAAUAUAUUUCCUAAUUUUCCCAGGCCCUUAAUAUCAUGACGCACGAUGCAUUUGUCAACGAACGACCUUGAACUCAACAUCAUCUCAACUUGUUUUCGUAGAAAUUUCUGGAAUCUUCCGACACUUCUUCAACUUUCCGAGAAAUGUUAGCAAGAGGAAAUUCAGUUGAAGAAAAAUAUGAGACACCAACUCAUGGACCAUCACCUUUGGAAGUAUUUUUUCAGGUAUGGUCUGAUCACUUGAGACCCACCAACACUCAAGUUUGUUUAAUGGUUGAUUCCAGCUAUAGACUAAAUUUUGAUCUAGGCAAGAAGAACAAAAUCCAUCACCACAGCUGGAAAGAGCUUGUUAAAAUUAGUAAAAUUGCAAAGUUUGGCCGCGAAAUGUUGUAUAAUGCGGAAAAUACAUAUGCUACAAGGUUGUUACGCGCACAACGUGUUGACAAAUUGUUGAAUUGCAGGACGAUAACAAGUGUUGGAACAACUUGUAACAAGUUUGUUGAGCUCAACAACCUUGUUGCAAGUUAUCAACAACUUGUCAACAAGCUGGGGACAAGCAGUGCGAAUACAUCCUGUUGACCAGUUGUUGGAACAGCAUUGCUACAAGUCUGCUGUAGGUGUGUUACAACUUGUGCGUUUUUACGUGUGUACCUGAAAAAUACGAAAAGAACUCCGACAUAGUUGUAUCAUUUACAAAAACCACAGCUUGGUAUCUUUGCUACCUAUAGACCCAUUCCACUGACGUCGCAGAUCCUUAGAGUGUCCUCCAGAUGCUCCCUAACAAUAUCUGUUCGGGUACAACAACCACAUACAGCGCAAAAAUUAACCAUCUUAAUACAAAAUUAUUAUAAAGUUUUACAAAAUUUGCUUUGUUUACAAAAAUUAUAUUAUGCAUAGAUUGCUAAUUUGUCCUCCAGAUGCGUCGUCACCGACGUUGUGACGUCAUGUGCAAUGGGUCUAUAUACUUCCACCGACCGUUCGAGAUUUUGUAUUUUUCAGCAUGUGACCAACUGCCAUGAUUCAGAAGUGAGAAAAAUUCUCAACAGCAGUUCAACGCGAGUCAAACUUUGCCAUCCCUUGUGUUCUUGCGACCAAUGUGAAAAAGUGUUGUACAGACACCGCAAUGAUCCUGAAGCUGUGACAGUAUUUUCCAGAGAUGAUCUAGGAAGAACAGCUUUACACAUUGCAUCGGAUUACGGUAAUUAUUUUUACUAAACUUAUUUUAAGACGUGUCAAUGACAUUCGAUUCUUGUCUACUUUGGCAUCAGGAUCCGAAGUUGAUCCGAGGUACAAAACACUUUUUUCAGGUCUGCGGGUAGGUAGGUGGUUAUUUCGAACCCUGUUUUGAAACACGAACUAAUCGCCUUCUUUUGCUAAUCUGGGGCAGGUUGUUUGAAAGCCAAUUACCUUAACCCUAGGUUAACCUAAAAUUCAAAGCAAACUUCCUGACAGCUUGUCCAUAAAUUUGGAAAUAUUUCUUCAGAGAUCUUGUCUGGAUCGAUAGGAGUUUACUUCUCUGAAGUUUUGAAAUAAACAGACGUGCAGAAAUACACAAACCAAAACAGUGGGUUAAAUUUUGGGACAAAGCCGCUUCCUUUAUCACUGCGUUGAUGAUUGGAACAGUCUCCCAGAGUAUGUCAGAACUUUAUCUUUUAAUAGUUUUAAGAUCGCAAUUAGCAAUUCUUAAAUGUUCUGACUUUUUAUCUUGUAAAUCUACUCUUAUAUAUUUAGUUUAUAUAUUGUUCAUAUUUUAGGGCCUCGCUGAAAAUCACAAUUUGCGAGUGGGCUCCCUGAUGAAAGAACAUUUUAAUAAUUAAUAAUAAGAAGAAAUAAUUUUAACCGAGGGUUAGCGCUAAUCCACCUUUGAACAACCAGCCCCAGUUGUGGUUAUUCAUCCUAAUGCAUGUUUUGAUUUUUAGGUCACACCAGCACAAUUCAUCAGUUAGUUCAAAAAGGUUCAGUCGUUAAUGCAACGGACUACCAUGGCAGCACUCCUCUUCAUCUUGCCUGUCAACGUGGACAUCAACAAGCCACCGUAUGCUAAGCUCGAUAUUUAUUUAUCACACAAUGCUCGCUUUACUACAACAUGCAUUACAUGACCUAAGCUGUCCGUUCUAACGUUUCUUAAUAACAAAGGGUGGGACUUAUGUUGUGCACCCCCUGCACUCCCCCCACCCCCAGUAAAUUCAUCCCUACAGUAAGAGCCAUCACUUUUUAGUCCGGCAUAACUACAUGAAUAAACCGUAUUACUCGGCAAAAACCAGCGAUGUUUGAUAGAGACAAACUAGUACUCUUUUCACUUACAUCGUGAUCAGAACAUGAGCUUGUGGUGGAAGUAGCUUGCGAACAGGCGUUUAUUCAGGUGGGCCUACGCCUGUUCGCAGGCUAGGUGGAUCAUCGCUGUUCAAAGCAAGAUGAUUCAUAUUUAUUAUUUUCUCUUCCAGAUGCUCUUGCUUCACUAUACAGCAGAUAUCUUGGCCCAGGAUAAUGAUGGCAAUGCGCCCAUUCACUUGUGUUCUUCAAACGGACACGAGGAGGUCGGUUGGUAAUUUCUUAUUCGUGCCCAUUCCCAAGGCGGUAUAUAAUAAAGUAGGUCAUAUACUGGUGGGUUCCAGUAAGCGUUACGACACAGCAACGACGGUCAAUCUCAGAACUGCAGACACUAAAGGCCCAUUUCCACUCAAGAAAAAUUUCCACGGACAGAAAAUUUUCAGAAAAUAUCCUUGUUAAAAGUUGAAAAUUUUCAACUUCAAAAUUUUUUCCGGCGGAAAAUUUGUGUCGGCCAAACACAUUUUACAAAAUUUUCUUUCUGCGGAAGAUUUUCCUGAGUGGAAACGAGCCUUUUUUGCAUCAAGAAAAUAAAACUAUAUCCCCCUUAAAACGAGGACGAGAGUGAGUAGGUGGGUGUUGCAACUCUCGGUCGCGUCAGGUCGCGUUUGACAGCCUCUCGCAUUGUUUUUUGCAAUAGUUGACGGUUGUGCAUCAGAUGCACAACCGUCAAGUACUGCAUCGCCAAGUUUGAAUACACUUUCUACAACAGAUGGCUCUGUACUCUCAUCAACUUUGAGCUGGUUAAAAUUUUGAUCAGAAUUGAUAACAGUUUCUGCUCGUUUGACCGGUAAUAUCCAGUCUGCUCUCACGCAACUCUUGUUCUCGUUUGAUUGGGGCAUAAGUCUCUUUUAUUUUCAUUUGCCUCCAAAUACACGACUGCAUAUAAUCUUCUCACUCCGAGAACUUGUUUCUCUAGUGUGCCAAGGCUCUCGUCUAUUUUGAUUUACAUAACGAAGAUCUCGACUUGAAUGCCGGCAAUAAACAUGGCGAUACCCCCCUGCAUCUUGCUGCAAGAUGGGGAUUUGGUAAGUAGUGUUGGUAUAGUAUAACAAUUUUCAAGGGGGGUCAUUCAUGUAAUGGUAAUCAAAGAGCAGAUUAAUCCUUAUCUGACGGGUAUGGGGAGGGGUAUCGGUGACAUAGUGGUCAGUGCAUGUGCCUUAUGUGACCUGAGGGGGCAAUUUUGCUUUACACUUUAUGCACAAUAUAGCUCCAUUUAUAACCUAGUGAUGCGUUAUGGUUGAUUAUACAAUUUGUUAUACAAUUUUUCACCUAUCAUUCAAUGCUGUCCCCCCGUCCGCCUUCCCCUCUGCUAUUAAAUUGGUAACAGGGAGGUGCACUCAAUUUUAAAACUGUACUCGGUAAGGCUGUUCAAAUCACAGUCUUCUUGUUACAGAAAAUAUCGUGAAGCUACUGUUAGACAACGGAGCAUUGGGUGAUAAAAGAAAUAAAAGAAAUGAAAGUCCCAUGGAUUGUGCUUAUAAUAUUCAGGUAUAACCGAGACCUUCUGUUUUAGUUUCCGUUAAUUCUUUAUUUUUUCAAAUCGAAAUUUCUUUUCAAAUUGACAUUUAUUUUGGGGCUUACUUGUCAACGAACUGCCUUUGCUUGAAGUAUUGAAGUGAUUUAAAUCUCUCCGAUAUCGUAGUUCAGACACAACCACAACAUUAGGAAGAAUACUAGCUACAGAAAUGUAAUUUUUCAUGUGUGAAGUUUUACUUGUAGAUCAAAAGAUUACUCGGCAUGGAUGAAAACGCGCAAUAUGUUAUUAUUCAGGAUUCCAUCGUACCUAGUGUAAGAAACUAAAAAAUGUCUUUUUAUGUAUCGCAACGACUGCAAUAUCGCACGGUCCCUCUGUCCUGUCUUCGACUUAUUUUAUUAUUGUAUUUUAUUGAGAUUUGAGGUUUCUCCCACCCCUUGUCUUUACAUGACCUUCACUGGAGGGACAACAUAGUGUACUGGAGGGGCCAUAACGGGGGUGGGGGAGGCAACUCCCCCCCCCCCAGUCUAUGGUAUUAAAAGAGGCUCUGAUUGACACAAUUAGAGGAAUCAAGAUCACUUCCAAAUUGUUGGCAGAAAGUUGCUUCAAGCUUCCCAUCCCUUGUCUUUAUUUUACCUUCACUGAGAGAGUGGGGCAACAUAGUUCACUGGAGGGGCCAAAACAGGGGCAGGGGUAUUAAAAGAGGCCCUGAUUGAGAAAAUUAGAGGACCCUGGGCCGGUUAUAUGAAGACCGGCCAUCCACUGGACAGUACGUUUUUGAGGCUUUCUAGAAUUAUCUGUUGAUUGGUAUAACCCUGCUUAAACUUUAGUACUCCACAUUCAAUGUUAAUUUGUUUUUGUUUCAGAGAGUUCGCCCUUUGUCCUCAUCUGAUGUUGAUAAAUCCAAAAGAAUUGACCCAAAUCAGAGUCAGGUAUUAUCUCAUCUCUGUCGUAUUAUGUUGGUGAACUUGAGAACGCUAUUUAUUUCCUUAUUAUUUUUUGUGUGUGUUUUGAUGUUAUGUACUCAGGUGAAUAUAAUGUAUUAAAAGUUUGUUGUUCGCGAGUAUCUGUACCUGAGCAAUAAUUUAUACCAUUCUGCGUUUUAUUCUGCCUUGCAGAUUGAAGGGUUUCUGAAAACAGUUAUUGAAGGAGAUAUAAGGAUGGUAAGGAACUCGGAGAUUUCUCGGACCGUGAGCAAAAACUACGUAAUUUAAAAAACAACAGGAAUCUCGUUUCGAUGGUUACGGCGAUGUAUUUGAGAGAGCUCCUCCACAUGUACAGGGGGUUUUGAACCUGAAUGUAGCUAUUGGAGUUCUGUAAAUUGACAGGAAGUCGUAUCUUAAAAUAGGAACCAACUUGAGGGGCGUUAUGAAGGACCUAGGUCAACCUGAUCGAAUCCAUGGCUUUCCAAAGGCACUUCUAGCAGCCACUUUAUUGCUCAUGUCUUAUCACGGAACACAGCUACGGUGGAGGAAUCAGUUAGGAGCUAAUCCCAACCCACCCUGUCAACAUUCCCUUGGGGGGGGACCCACGCCUUUCGGACUCUUUUUACUGCAUAAGUGUCAUGAGUCCGCAACGAGAGUUAGCCUUUCUCGCGGCCGAUUUUCCCGCCAUUUUGGGGGUACUUGCUCUCCCACGUUUGAGAGUCUCCGCACCAGGAAAUACAACUUUUUAGUAUUAUAGUUGUUUGUAUAAUGGUAAAUUUACAGUUACAACUUUUAAAAGUCGCUUUUCACGUUGUUUGAAUUGUCUGGAAUCUUUCACGAGGGCAAACAGAACCCCCAAAAUGGCAGAUUUUGGCCUUCGUGAGAAAGACUAAUUGAAUGAUUCCCUCCCGAUACAUCUAAUUCCAGGUUUACCACAAGCUUGGUCUUGAAGAUGAAUGGGAUGCUGAUGAUGAUGAUGAAACUUCAGUUUCUCCCAAAGAAUUCGCCCCCAGUCUCUGUCAUCCUCUUUGUCAAUGUGACAAAUGUCGUAAAUAUCAACAGGUAAAAAUUGUUUUUCAGAAGUGCCUUGUGUGGAUCGAGUUAAUUUGGAUAUUUUAAAUCAAGUUUUAAAUCUUGCAUUGUUUCUCCAGGAUAUCACGCCAUCGCCUUACCGUAAAGUUGACAUCAACAGUCGAGGUCUAGAUGGGAAAACAGCCCUACAUCUUGCUUCUCUCUAUGGUUUUGAACAAAUUGCGAAUGUCUUACUUAAGCAUGGUGCAAUUACCAACAUUUCAGACUACAAUAGAAAAUGUACACCACUCCACUUGGCUUGCCAAUAUAACCAUCCUAAGGUAUAGCACAUUUUGACACUGUGACAGUUAAAUAACCAUAAUGAUAAAUGGUGGUAUUUCCACUGCUACAGUUUAUAUAUUAACCAUCCUAAGGUAUGGUACUAUUGCCACUGUUACAGUUUAUGUGACCAUCCGCCCUCUGGAGGUAUGAUAUUAUUGCCACUGUCACUGUUUAUAUAACCAUCUUGAGGUAUGGUAUUAUAGUACUAUACCCACUAUUACAGUUUAUAUGACCAUAGAUUCUAAGGUAUGGUACCAUUACCACUAGUCAGGUCAAUACGUGGCUGUCACAAUUAAGGUCAUUCUACUUCGUAGAUUGUAUCACUGUUACUCCAACAUCAUGCUGACAUUGAUUGUCAAGAUUUGAGAGGGAAUGCCCCACUACAUUAUUGCUGUCAAAAUGGAAAUAUGCAACCUGCUAUUAUCUUAAUCAAGGUAUGAAUUUUGACAUUUUACUUUUGCUUUUGCUUUUGCUUUUACUUUUGCUUUUGCUUUUGCUUUUGCUUUUGCUUUUGCUUUUGCUUUUGCUUUUACUUUUACUUUUGCUUUUGCUUUUGCUUUUACUUUUACUUUUGCUUUUACUUUUGCUUUUGCCUUUGCUUUUACUUUUGCUUUUACUUUUGCUUUUACUUUUGCUUUUACUUUUACUUUUACUUUUACUUUUGCUUUUACUUUUACUUUUACUUUUGCUUUUACUUUUGCUUUUACUUUUGCUUUUACUUUUGCUUUUGCUUUUACUUUUACUUUUGCUUUUACUUUUGCUUUUGCUUUUGCUUUUACUUUUGCUUUUGCUUUUACUUUUACUUUUGCUUUUGCUUUUGCUUUUACUUUUACUUUUGCUUUUGCUUUUGCUUUUGCUUUUGCUUUUACUUUUGCUUUUGCUUUUGCUUUUGCUUUUGCUUUUGCUUUUGCUUUUGCUUUUACUUUUACUUUUGCUUUUACUUUUGCUUUUACUUUUGCUUUUGCUUUUGCUUUUGCUUUUACUUUUGCUUUUGCUUUUGCUUUUACUUUUACUUUUGCUUUUACUUUUACUUUUGCUUUUACUUUUACUUUUGCUUUUGCUUUUACUUUUGCUUUUACUUUUACUUUUGCUUUUGCUUUUGCUUUUACUUUUGCUUUUGCUUUUGCUUUUACUUUUGCUUUUGCUUUUACUUUUACUUUUACUUUUACUUUUACUUUUACUUUUGCUUUUACUUUUGCUUUUGCUUUUACUUUUGCUUUUGCUUUUGCUUUUGCUUUUGCUUUUGCUUUUACUUUUGCUUUUGCUUUUGCUUUUGCUUUUGCUUUUGCUUUUGCUUUUGCUUUUGCUUUUACUUUUGAGUUUACUUUUGCUUUUGCCCCCCCCCCAACUUACGCUCCCCACUUUUAUUUCGAAAAAAUCAUGUAGUAUCCAUCAACGUGUGAAAUCCCACGUUUUCUCUUCAGAACGGUGCGACGUUAAGUCUUGUGAACGAACGUGGAAACACUCCGCUUCACGACGCUGCGAGAUGGAGUUGUAUUGAUCUUGUUCACUUGUUGUUGGAAAAUGACGCGCCUCUUAAUGUGAGGAAUGUGCAGGGUUUGAUCCCGCUGCACAUGGCUAAGGUAUUUGAAACAUGUGUUCUUAUUCUUUGGCAGCAUUGUGAUUAAGGAACGUGCCUUCUCUGUGUGUGACCAGAGUUUGAUGCUGCACCAUACAGUUCUUAGAUUUAUAAUUUUACUUUCGCAUCUCAUAUUCAUUUGGUUCAUCAUCAUAUUUGGUAUCUCAUAGACUCGGAAUGAUGGAACUCACUUCCUGACAGGGCUCGAAUUUUAUCGCGGCAAUUGCCGUAGAGGGAGAACGAAAUGCCGUGGAUCAUUGCGGCAACGACGGCAAUUUUUUGCCGUAUGAAGUUUCGUUGCGAAAUGUUGUAAAAUGCGGAUAAUAUAGCUCUCCAAAGUUUGCUGUUUUUCUAAAGCGGUAUCAAUUUCCCGUGCGUAAUACAAAAUGACUGAAAAACGGCAAACUUCGCAGAGCUAUAUUAUCCGCAUUUUACAACAUUUCGCAACGAAACUUCGGAAUAUUACUAAUUUUGUGAUGCCCUUUCAAGCUGUUGUGAAAUGUUUGUCUAGACUUGUCUAGAUCAAAAUUUUGUUCAUUAGGGAAUAGGUCCAUUGAGCAUCUAGUUUCCACCUGCAGUAACACUGGAGCAAUAAGGGAUGACCAGGGUAACACUGGAGCAAUUAGGGAUAACUCGUAUCAUGCAAGCUUACAAGGAACUAAUGUGAAGGUAACUUUUCGUCCAUAGCAUGACGAGAUCGUCAAAGUAUUAAAUGAAGGAACAAUGAUGGAGAGUCAUUCCAGCCAUGAACAUUGUAAGUGCACCAUAUUAUUUAACUACUCAAUGUUUUAUUCUAAAAAAGGCAAGUGCUUUUGAUUACCAGAAGGGAUAGCCCUUACCAGACGUUUAGGGAGAACAGUUGAGAACUGAUAGUAGUUAGUUUAGUUUAAGUUUCUUUUUGUAGUACACUGAAACAAUAAAAGGUGGAUCACUAGGGAGAACAGUUUAGAAGUUAGAAAUUAGAACUGAUAGAUAGAAAGUUAGUUUCGUUUAGGUAGGAGAACAGCUUAGAAUAGAUAGAGCUAUUCAGUAGCAAUCAAGUUAGUUUAGCUUAGGUUUCCUUCUGUAGCAACACUGGACCAUUUGGUGUUGACCUUCAAACUCUUCUUGCAUGGGAACUGAUAGAGCUAUCCAGUAUAAAUAAAGUUAAGGUUUCGUUUUAACUUAUUGUUUCCAUAUUCUACCAUCAGUCGAGCCUAAAACUGCCGAAACAAAAUGGUUCGAAACAAACUACGUAAGCGCAAAGCAAAAUACUCCCGCAGAAAACAACAUCAUUGCAACAUCACCCACGAAGAACACAGAAUCCAAUACAUACUCGGACCAUGUUCGGAACCUUCCGAAUUCCGAAGAACUCCGAUCAAGUCUUACUCGCGACUCGCCAGAAGAAACUCAACCGUCAUUUUUCGAUCGCUCCUCUUCGGAGUUAUUUUUAGCUUCGAGUAUGACGUCAUCAACAUCUCAGCCCAUCUCAGGUGUGCCGUUUCCAAGGAAACUGCCCGAGAUCACAAAUCGGACAGAUGACGUCAUUGACCAUCGCUCUGUGGCUAUAGAUAGACUGAAACAUGUCUUGGAGGGAAUCAAGUAUUUUGACAGGUAUGAAAAACCUUGCAAAAAGCUCUGAUUUUGCCAUGUACAUACUUUGGGGGAAUUUACUUUUUUUGCUCCCAGUGAUCCCUAAAUGUUCCUUCAACUUAAAAGCUCGAGAAACACCAGAUGUAAAAUCACCAUUUUAUUGCCAAAGAGUUGCCUGGGGAGGAGAGUAGUAAGAACGUAUAUUUACUGGAUUUCUGCAAUUUAUAUUCGUCUGAUUAUAUUUUCGUCCCAUUUUCAUAUGCGAAAAGUUCUUCCAGUUUGAUUUUACCAAACACCUUUGUUUUCUCGGAGUACUCCGGUUUCCUUCUGGAUUAACAAGGGAUUACCUUUACUCGAGCUCUUUUGAGAACUGUUUAGAACCGGUAGAACCGUCUAGCCUACUAAAUAAAGUUCGUAGAAUAAUGUAAUAUUUAGUAAUUAACAGUAAUGAAUAAUUAUAGUAGUUAUUUUCGUUCGUUGAUUUUACUUUCAGGGAAGCUGGUUUAAGAAGAACUGAAACAAUUGACAGAAGUAGACCAUUAGUCAGUCCGUUGUUGAAAUUACAGGUGAGCUUUUUCUUUUCCCAAUUUGAGAAGAAUUAUUUAGACGGCUGGUUAAGCCCUAGUCAAACGAUGAUGAGAGUUGAGAAGCGAGAGUUUGCAUGAGAGUUUUCUCAACUCUCGUGCGCCGGUCAAAUAAGAACGAAUAUUACUAUUCCAGGUUAAGAGAACGAGCCUAGUAAUUCUUCAAUUUUUUUAUCAGAAUUGUAGUAAAUGCGUAUACCUAUAUUUUUUAUUUUGCAGUUUUCUAUCGAACAUUUCGAUCAGUCGCGACUACGAAAAGUCUCUGAUCAUGUUGGCACUGAUGUUGAAGAAAGGGCCGCUUUGGAUCCAGUAGGAAUAAACAUGGAAGGGAGGGAAAAUGUGUCAAAUGUCCAGGGAGGUGUCGGCUGAAUAACAGUGCUCGACCACGUGCACUGCCUCAAAAGUCCUUAAAAGACCUAUAAAUCAGCUAACAUGUGUGCGCGCGUUGCUCCCCUGGCCAAUUCAAUGGCGAAAACUAUUCUGCAUGAUGAUAGUGAUGUAGUGACGUCACUCCGAAGAUUUGUCGGAAAAGUUUUGGGUUACGGAUAGGGUUAUAAAGGCUCGUUGCGAUGCCACUACAUCAACUAAUUGCACGCAGAAUAGGCCACUGUGUGACGUCACACGAAAAGGCAAAUAACGUGAAAUUACGGGGAGAAUAAAAAAUUACGUAAAGUGUAAAACUUUUACAUAAUAGUCAUAAUAAUAUCACUGAAAAUAUGCGAUCGUAAGUAUGCCCGUUCGCAGGUUACGUGAUCGACCAAUACUCAAAAUGGCAUAUUUUAUAUAAUGUGUGGUAAUUGCUACGAAUCCUUCGUCACGCUUCGCUAUUAAACCGUCCACAAAACGUCUAGAUGACUAGACUCUCAACUACACACGUAAAAAUCUCACAACUUGUCAACAAGAUGUGUUCGCAGCAUGCUCGCAGCAAGCUUGUCAACAAUUUGCAACAAUGCUGCUAUUUCAUCAUGUUGCUACAAGGUUGUCACUCACAACUAGCUUGUUGACAAAUUGUUGAAAUGCAGGACGAUAACAAGUUGUUGGAACAACUUGUAACAAGUCUGUUGAGCUCAACAACCUUGUAGCCACUUGUCAACAAGCCGUUGACAACUUGUCAACAAGCUGGGAACAAGCAGUACGAACACAUCCUGUAGACAAGUUGUUGGAACAGCAUUGCUACAAUUAAGUCUUCUGCAGGUUUGUUACAACUUGUACGUUUUUACGUGUGUACCCCCAGGAAAAAUCGCUAGGAAAAAUCAAGAGAAUAUGGGCGAAUGGGUCACAAAAUAUGUUCAAUUCAGGUCAUUUCAAAGAUUUGGACAAACUUUCACGUCCCCUCUGUAGAAAAGUGCCCCCCCCCCCCCUUUAAGAUUUGACUGGAGUGAGAUUUGAACGUUCGGUCCAACACUCUACCCAGUGGUGUAGUACUGUAGAACUGACGAUAACAAGGAGGUAGGGUGACAAGACGGGGGCGGAGGGUAACGAGACGUGAUUUAUUUUUUUAUUUUUGGUCGGGGCCACAUCAGAGGGGCCCCAUUUUAAAGGAUGUAUUAUGCUAGAAUCAUAGUAAUCAAGUACAGAUUACUAUAUAAUCAGAUUAGUUUUUCAAACGUUUUCCGAAAAUUUUUUUUGCGAGUAUCAGCAACGCUCGUAGGG